AUGAGUCACAGCUCGUCGGAGGCCCUCAGCGACGGCGACGACGACGCCGAGCCCGGGCAGAGCCGCGUCACCCGCGCGAAGCGGCCAUGUCCUAGCGCCAGCGACGUCGUGGCUCUCCCUGUUGCCGUCCCGGUCGCUCGUGUCAUCCGCGCGGCGGCCGCCGCCUCGCGCUCCAUGCCUGCAUGCCACGGGGGCUACAGCCCCACUGUGGCCGUGGGCAUGGCCGGAGCACACAGCUGGGCGCCCUACUCGGCCAUCAUCCCCACCCUCCGCUCCCUCCUCCUGAUGAACCUCAAAGAGGAGACCUCCCUCAGGGCCGCGAGGGAGGCCAUCACGGGGCUCUACGACCACGCCACGCCGUUCGGCGCCUCGCGCCGGUUCCCCGCCGGCGAGGUGUACGUGUGUCUUGACCGAGUGCCGCUCGCCCAAACGAUGCAGCGGAUUGUGCAGCCCCUAGUGACGGUGGAGGCGGCUGGGAUGUUCGGCGAACAACUUGUUGACGCCUGCUCCAACUACAUCGGCGGGAUCUCUUCCGCCCUCCUAGAUCUGACGCGUGUUGAAGACCGCCCCGGCAUCUCCCCUGUUCUGUAUGACCGCGCGAUCUUCGAGUCCGUGUUCCUCCUGACGUGGACGGAGCCAUGAGAGCUUGUGCUGCAAACUCGGCACAGUUUUAUUGGUUCAAAUAGAAAUAAUGGGUGCGUUUGUUUGAGCUCCCACUUGCUCAACCAAAACUUUGGUAUGUGACUGUUCUUUGAAUCAUGGCCAUAGUUGUACCUGCGAAAACUUUGGCAAAAUUGUUUGUCUAUUUCUGUA